AUGGUACAUCGACAUGGUUUUGAAGCUUUGGAUAGAACUCUAAAAGACAUAUUGAAAUGUGAUGGUUGUCAUAAUUCCCAAAGUCCAUUUGGAGGUAAAACAAUCGUAUUUGGUGGAGAUUUCCGACAAACUCUUCCUGUCAUUCAAGGUGGUACUAGACAAGACAUUGUUAAUGGUUCGUUGACUUCUUUGUACAUAUGGGACCACUGCAAAGUACUCACUUUAACCAAGAACAUGAGGUUGACUGCAGGAAGUGCAAUGCAUGAUGUCGAGCAAACACGAAUUUUUACUCAGUGGUUGUUGGAUUUGGGUGAAGGGAAACUAGGCGGAUCUAACGAUGGUGAUGCGAUUAUAGAUAUACCCGAUGAUCUUUUAAUCAUGGAUUCCGCUGAUCCUAUUUCAAGUCUUAUAGAGUUUGUUUAUCCUUCUCUUCUUGAAAAUUACCAAAGUUCUGGCUUUUACCAAGAAAGAGCAAUUCUUGCACCGACGAACGAAGUUGUUGAUGAAAUUAAUUCUCAGUUGUUGCUGAUGUUCUCAGGCGAUUCCAAGGAAUACCUAAGUUCCGAUAGUAUUUGUGAGACAGAAAAUCUACAUGAUGGUUUUGAUCAAAGUUUAUAUUCUCCCGACGUACUAAAUGGUCUUAAGAUCUCAGGUGUUCCAAAUCAAAAAUUAGUACUAAAGGUCGGUGUUCCCAUCAUGCUCCUCAGAAAUAUUGAUCAAAAAAUGGUCUGUGCAACGGAACUCUGCUUAAAGGUAAUAUCACUUGGAAAUCGUGUUAUUGAAGCAGAAGUGAUAUCUGGAAGCAACAUUGGUGCUCGAAUUUUUCUUCCUAGAAUUGGUAUGAUACCGUCGGAUAAGAAGGUUCCUUUUAGAUUCCAAAGAAGACAGUUUCCUGUUGCUUUAUGCUUCGCUAUGACAAUUAAUAAAAGUCAAGGCCAGUCAUUAUCCAGAGUUGGUUUGUUUUUGAAAAAUCCAGUAUUUUCUCAUGGUCAAUUUUAUGUUGCUUUGUCGAGAGUCAAGAGCAGAGACGGACUCAAAUUAGCAAUUCUUGAUAAUGAUGGGAACCUUACUAAUAGGACAUCUAAUGUUGUAUACAAAGAAGUUUUUAGUUACUUGUAA